GAAGACCUCCGCGUGGACGGCCGUGGCUGUGAGGACUACCGCAGCGUGGAGGUGGAAACGGACGUGGUGUCCAACACCAGUGGGUCUGCCAGGGUCAAGCUGGGCCACACGGACAUCCUGGUGGGAGUGAAGGCAGAGAUGAGCACGCCAAAGCUGGAGAAGCCCAGCGAAGGCUACUUGGAGUUCUUCGUGGACUGUUCAGCCAAUGCUACCCCCGAAUUUGAAGGUCGAGGAGGUGAUGACCUUGGCACGGAGAUCGCCAACACCCUCUACCGGAUCUUCAACAACAAGAGCAGCGUGGACCUCAGGUCCCUCUGCAUCAGCCCUCGGGAGCACUGCUGGGCUCUCUACGUGGACGUGCUGCUGCUGGAAUGUGGUGGGAAUCUCUUCGACGCCAUUUCCAUUGCUGUAAAGGCUGCCCUCUUCAACACCAGGAUCCCAAGGGUCCGUGUUCUGGAGGACGAGGAGGGGUCGAAGGACAUCGAGCUGUCCGAUGACCCAUACGACUGCAUCCGGCUGAGUGUGGAGAACGUCCCCUGCAUCGUCACUCUGUGCAAGAUCGGCUGUCGGCACGUGGUGGACGCCACCCUGCAGGAGGAGGCCUGCUCCCUGGCCAGCUUGCUGCUGGCGGUGACCAGCAAGGGCGUCGUGACGUGCGUGAGGAAGGUGGGGAAGGGCAGCCUGGACCCCGAGAGCAUCUUCGAGAUGAUGGAGACCGGCAAGCGAGUGGGCAAGGUGCUCCACGUCUCCCUGCAGAGCCUCCUACACCAGGAAGAGAGCCUCGGUCCCGAGAGGCAGAAAGUCGGGUUCCUGGGGUGAUCUGCACAUCUCCCCUCACCGCGAUUGCUUUUCCCUCUUCCUGUGAAACCCGAGUUUGUAUAUAUUCUUUGUGAAUGGUCUGAAUUUCAGGAAACAUUUGUACAUGUAAAAUUAGUCUAUUUUCUGGUC